AUGAUUGGAGCUAGGGUUAGGGUUAGGGUUAGGGUUGGAGCUAGGGUUAGGGUUAGAGUUAGGGUUGGAGGUAGCGUUAGGGUUAGGGUUGCAGCUAGGGUUAGGGUUAGGGUUAGGGUUGGAGCUAGGGUUAGGGUUAGGGUUGGAGCUAGAGUUAGGGUUAGGGUUAGGGUUGGAGCUAGGGUUAGGGUUAGGGUUGGAGCUAGGGUUAGGGUUAGGGUUAGGGUUGGAGGUAGCAUUAGGGUUAGGGUUAGGGUUAGGGUUGGAGCUAGGGUUAGGGUUAGGGUUAGGGUUGGAGGUACCAUUAGGGUUAGGGUUAGGGUCAGGGUUAGGGUUAGGGUUAGGGUUGGAGCUAGGGUUAGGGUUAGGGUUAGGGUUGGAGGUAGCGUUAGGGUUAGGGUUAGGGUUGGAGGUAGGGUUAGGGUUAGAGUUGGAGCUAGGGUUAGGGUUGGAGGUAGGGUUAGGUGUGGGGUUGGAGCUAGGGUUAGGGUUGCAGCUAGGGUUAGGGUUAGGGUUGGAGCUAGGGUUAGGGUUAGGGUUAGGGUUGGAGGUAGCGUUAGGGUUAGGGUUGGGUCUAGGGUAGGGUUAGGGUUAGGGUUGGAGCUAGGGUUAGGGUUAGGGUUAGGGUUGGAGGUAGCAUUAGGGUUAGGGUUAGGGUUGGAGCUAGGGUUAGGAUUAGGGUUCGGGUUGGAGCUAGGGUUAGGGUUAGGGUUAGGGUUGGAGGUAGCGUUAGGGUUGGAGCUAGGGUUAGGGUUAGGGUUAGGGUUGGAGCUAGGGUUAGGGUUAGGGUUGAAGCUAAGGUUAGGGUUAGGGUCAGGGUUGGAGCUAGGGUUAGGGUUAGGGUUGGAGCUAGGGUUAGGGUUGGAGGUAGCGUUAGGGUUAGGGUUUGAGCUAGGGUUAGGGUUAGGGUUAGGGUUAGAGGGUUAG